UCCGCCCACUGACAACGAUGGGCUCUAUUCCUCCCACUGACACCAAUGAUGGGGCACGAUUCCUCCCACUGACACUAAUGAUGGGACACUAUUCAUCCCACUGACACCACUGAUGGGGCACUAUUUCUCACACUGACACCAAUGAUAAGGCACUAUUCCUCCCACUGACACCAAUGAUGUGGGAAUAAUCGUGCCCCAUCAUUGGUGUCAGUGGGAGGAAUGGUGCCCCAUCAUUGGUGUCAGUGGGAGGAAUGGUGCCCCAUCAUUGGUGUCAGUGGGAGGAAUGGUGCCCCAUCAUUGGUGUCAGUGGGAGGAAUGGUGCCCCAUCAUUCGUGUCAGGGGGAGGAAUGGUGCCCCAUCAUUCGUGUC